AUGUGGUAUCAGGACCACUGGAAGAGAAAGAGAAGGGUGCUGAUGAGAGAGGGACCCAGGGACCCAGUGAGGACAGGAGAUGUGGACUCUGACAUGGUCCCAGAGGUGGGCCAGGGCCCCUCCAUGUGCAGGUGGACAAUCCCCAGCUCUCUCCUGGCAGCCCUGCACCGGCCUGGUUUUCAGGUCACUGGCCUAGUGAGUACUAGCUCCCAUUCACGCACACUCAGCCGGCCUUCCCUUCGCUCCUGCGUUACAACUCAGAUCCGGUUCCUGGCCGUGCUGCUGGCCGCGGGCAUGCUGGCGUUCCUCGGUGCGGUGAUCUGCAUCAUCGCCAGCGUGCCCCUGGCGGCCGGGCCCGCGCGGGCGCUGCCCGGGGGCCCCGACAACGCCUCGGCGGCGCCGGGCCCGCAGCGCGGCCUGAGCGCGCUGCACGGAGCGGGGGGCCCGGCGGGGCCCUCGGCGCUGCCCGGCGCGCCGGGGGCCAGCGCGCUCCCGCUGCCGCCCGCGCCGCUCCUCAGCCGCUUCCUGUGCACGCCGCUGGCGGCCGCCUGCCCGUCGUCGUCGUCGUCGUCGGGGCCGGGGCCGGGGCCGGAGCCGGGGCCCGCGGCGGCCGAGCGCGAGGAGCUGCUGCUGCUGCAGAGCGCGGCCGAGCAGCUGCGCCAGACGGCGCUGCAGCAGGAGGCGCGCAUCCGCGCCGACCGCGACACCAUCCGCGAGCUCACCGGCAAGCUGGCCCGCUGCGAGGGCGGCCCGCAGCCCGCCGGGCCCCGCCGCGACACCAUGGCCGACGGCGCCUGGGACUCGCCCGCGCUCGUCCUGGAGCUGGAGGACGCCGUGCGCGCCCUCCGCGACCGCAUCGAGCGCAUCGAGCAGGAGCUCCCAGCCCGAGUGAACCUGUCCACUGCACCAGCCUCGGCCCCCGCGAUGCCCACGGCCCUGAAUUCCAAGAUGGACGAGCUCGAGGGCCAGCUGCUGGCCAAGGUGCUGGCCCUGGAGAAGGAGCGUGCGGCCCUCAGCCACGGCAGCCAGCGGCAGCGGCAGGAGGUGGAGAAGGAGCUGGAUGUCCUGCAGGGCCGAGUGGCCGAGCUGGAGCACGGCUCCUCGGCCUACAGCCCCCCGGACGCCUUCAAGGUCAGCAUCCCAAUCCGCAACAACUACAUGUACGCGCGCGUGCGCAAGGCGCUGCCCGAGCUCUACGCCUUCACCGUGUGCCUGUGGCUGCGAUCCAGGUCCGGCGGCACUGGCCAGGGCACGCCCUUCUCCUACUCCGUGCCCGGGCAGGCGAAUGAGAUUGUCCUGCUGGAGGCUGGCCAUGAGCCCUUGGAGCUGCUGAUCAAUGACAAGGUGGCCCAGCUGCCCCUGAGCCUGAAGGACAGCAACUGGCACCACAUCUGCAUCUCCUGGACCACAAGGGACGGCCUGUGGUCUGCAUACCAGGAUGGGGAGUUGCGGGGUUCCGGUGAGAACCUGGCAGCCUGGCACCCCAUCAAGCCUCAUGGAGUCCUCAUUCUGGGCCAGGAGCAGGAUACCCUGGGGGGCCGGUUUGAUGCCACCCAGGCCUUCGUGGGUGACAUCACCCAGUUUAACCUGUGGGACCACACGCUGACACCUGCCCAGGUCCUCGGCAUCGCCAACUGCACCGGGCCACUGCUGGGCAACGUCCUGCCCUGGGAGGACAAGCUGGUGGAGGCCUUCGGCGGAGCCACCAAAGCCGCCUUCGACGUCUGCAAGGCCAGGGCCAAGGCCUGAGGACGCCUGGUCCCGGCCCCGCCCCGCCCCGCCCGCCCGCCACUUCAGGACGGGAGGGUGUGGGGGGGGGGUCCCUCCUCAGCCUGUCCGUGUGCCGGCCUUCCUCCCCGCCCCACUCCCGACCACCCCGAUGGGGAUGCGUACCUCAGCAGGCUGAACCUGAGAGCAGCCCGCUCCGCCCACCCCUCAGCCCUCCUGCCCUGUCCCCCAGUCACCUCUGACCCGAUCCCAACAGUGUCCCCCCACGGCCCCCACUCCCCAAGCUCGGCCUCCUCCCCUCGGGUCCCAGGACAGCUGAACGAGGAGAUGGCGGAGAUUCGGGUGGUCAGCCUCCCUCCUCCAUCUUCCUGUCUGGGGCAUCAGGGUCCUGAUGAUGCCCCCCCUCCCUCCCUCCUCCUCCCUCUUCCCUUCCUUGUUUCUCGGUGUGCAAUGGUUUGAUUGUCUGUUCCACGCUUGGUCCGGCCCCACCUGUUUCCAGAACAUUCCCUUUCCCAUUCCAGCCUGGAGGUUCUAGGGACCAAGACCCUCAGAGGCCAAAGGGCUGUCGUCUCUCCCCCUUGUGCCCAUUGGCAGUGGUGCCCAGUGGCAUGGUUGCCCUUACCCCCCUGCCCAGGGAAAGGCCUGGGCCACUUCAGCCUGGGCUGGGAGCAGGUACUGUGUGGUUCAAAAGAUCUGGCUGCUGGCAGAGCUAUGUUGCCCGUCCCUUCUGCCCGGCCCUGGGCAGGGAGGAGGGAGCUGAGCGGGUGGGCGGAGGGCUGGCCGUGCGCAGGGAGCCCUCAGCCUGAGCCAGGCCCCCGUGUGUGGACUGUGUAAGUGCUUGCCCUCUCCGGGCCUGGCUUCCCUCCUGGCGAUGUGGGGUCGGGUCUUGAGAGCUCUGCAUGUGUAAUGGAAGACAAUUGAUGAUCCAAGGGGUGGAGCACCAAGAGCUCAGCAAGGGCAGGUCCCAGAACUGCCCCGUGAGAUCAACCCCGGGCAAGGGCCACGGGCAGGGCAAGGUUCAAGGCAGGCCAGACUCACAAGUGGAGUAUACACCUCAGUUCCCAAUGGCUCCUGACACCCUGACACCUUGCCAGUGUAAGAGUGUCAGAAAGGGGCUGGUGGCUUCCUGGUCCCCACUCCUGAGUCCUUACCAUGUCCCCCCAAGGGAGUGUCAGAGUGUCAGAGCUGAACAUGGCCAUCCCUCUUGAGAGAUGGCCUAGAGCUCAGAGAGGGCAAGUAGCACACAGCAGCGGGUGGGCCGGGACUACAACCCAGGGCUUGGCUCCUUCUUUGGUGUCUAUUCCUCCACGCCAUGUGAUUUUACUACUCUAACUGCCUGUCCUUGUGGGUCUUUGAGUCCGGCCUUCACCCACGAGGCUAUACAUUUAAGGGAUCGCGAUGGUUUCCAAAGCACACAAGGUAUUCCCUUCACGGAACACUUAGGCGGCAUGAGGCGGGGUGCCGGCAGAAGACAGGUGAAGACACAGGUGUCCUCCCCAGCCAGGCGACUGAGCAGCAGCACGCGGCCUGACUCCGGGCAUCGCCGCUGCUCUUGGCUCCCCGCGGCUGCUCAGCCUGCGACGGUGACGCAGGAGCUGCGGGCCUCGGGCCAGGGAGCGCGUCCAGGCCUUGCCUCCCCAGCCCCCCAGAUCUCUGUUUCCAUUUCCAGCACCUCCGCGCCAACUCCCCUGGAACACGGGGCCACGGUGGCCUCAGCCUGCCCUGACGAGAGAUCUGGGUUGCCUGGUAACAGCCAAUCCCGUCCGCCCAGUGCUGGGUCAAGCAUUCUCCUCCUGAUGACAGGCGCUGUUGCCGGGUGACAGCAGAAUCCGGAGCUGACACUUCAGGGACCCUGAAAUUCAUCAGGACCCUGCUGUGGUUUUGGAAGAGGCGGUUUUUUGCGGACGGACGUGAGGGGAGGGGAGGGUCUGAGGAGAGUGCGCCCCAAUGUGUUACCCCAAGUGCUUUUUGCGUUCGUCUUGGUGAUCUGACGCCGGAGCCUCUCAAGUGGAGGCGGUGGGGCGGGGCUCCGGGUGUGGAUUUCCGUGAAGGGCUUCCGCCCCCAUCUCCAGAGCCCCCAGCCCUGCCUCCUCUCUUUACCGUUCUGUGGACGCGGGCUGAGCACCUGCUGUUCGGACGCCAGUUUCAGUUUGUUUAGGGUGUAUGUGUGUGCCAGUACCGGGGCUUGAACUCAGGACCU